AUGGGAAAUUCAUUGAACUUGUUUCAGGGUAUGAGGAGGAAAAAGAAGAACAAAGUGAAGAAGGGACAUGAUGAAGUCAAGUCCUAUGAUACAGAAAGUAAAAAGAGACAGAAAACGACUUGCAGAUUUGCAGAAAGUCUGAUACAACCAGAGGAGGAUCAUCUGGGGUCGGGCACACGUGACAGAGACAUAACACCACCGUCUGCUGAUCAUAUCGAGGAAGUGCAACAAGUAGAACCAAGUCCAUACCUGAGUGAGGAUGGUUUAAAUGAGAGCAAUGUAGAGGUGCAGCCUAGAAAUAAGAGCCUAGAGGAUUUCGAGUUCCUCAAAGUUCUUGGAAGGGGUGGAUUUGGCAAGGUUGUUCUGGCUGAACUCAGAGGCACUGAUAAGGUGUUUGCAGUAAAGAUUCUGAAGAAAGACGAGCUUCAGAGUUAUCAAAAUUUGUACCAAACUCUGAUGGAGAGACGUGCCCUGGUUCUGGCUACAGAACACCCCUUCCUCACCCAGGUCUCCUGCUGCUUCCAGACUAAUGACCGCUUGUACUUUGCCAUGGAGUACAUGAAUGGAGGUGAUCUUCAAUACCACAUUGCACGAUCGUUUCGAUUUACCGUAUCGCGCUCCCGCAUUUAUGCUGCCGAGAUAGCCUCUGCUCUCAUGUUCCUCCACCGUAACGGCAUCAUUCAUAGAGAUCUCAAACCCAGCAAUAUCCUGUUAGAUGCCGAUGGCCAUUGCAAGUUAGCUGACUUUGGCAUGUGCAAAGGGGGCAUCCUAGAUGGCAAGAAAACCGAUACAUUAUGUGGUACACCUCUGUACAUAGCACCUGAGAUACUGUUAGAAUGUAAAUACGGUGCAUCAGUAGACUGGUGGUCUCUGGGUGUCAUCAUGUAUGAGAUGAUGGUGGGCUAUCGUCCGUUUGUUGCUAGAAAUGAGGCGAGGCUGUACAAGUCCAUCCUUCAGAAUAAUCCACUUUAUCCAUUUUGGCUGAGCAGAGAGUCGAAAAGAAUUCUCAAGGCAUUCCUGGUGAAGAGUCCUGAGAAUCGGCUUGGCUGUGUGGUGUCUCAGGGCCAGGAGGAAGCCAUCAAAAUUCAUCCAUUCUUUAAGAAAAUUGACUGGGAGCUUUUGGAACAGAGGAAGAUUACGCCCCCUUUUAAACCAAAAAUUACAACCAAAAGAGAUACCAAUUACUUUAAAGCACGCUUCACUCGUCAGAAGCUCAAGCUUACCCCCACUGAUGAUUCAAAAAUUAAGCCAUUUUAUCAGAAGUUCUUUGAUGACUUUUACUACUGUAACCCCAAUAUUGAUUGUUAA